AUGAAACUGACUCAUGCCGGUAUCCUAGAAGCUCCAGUUUAUUACGUGGAUCAUUUCCAUAAGAAAUAUGACAUAGAUAGAGUUGUUAUUUUAAGAGAUAAGAGUAUUGUCAAUGAUCAUGAAGUUAUGCCUGAAACUCUAAAAAUUCUUCCAGAUUCAACAAAUGUAUUGGACUUCACACAUAAUAAUCUGAAUGAAUUCCCGCCAUUAGGUGAUCACCUGUCCAUCCACACGCUUCUUUUAUCAAGAAACCAAAUAAAUAAAUUGAAUGGUUCAAGGCUGCCCAAGAACUUGAAAAAUUUGGUUCUUGCGAUGAACAGGAUAGACAGUCCAGAACAACUUUAUGGAUUAAAAAGCAGUCCUAAGAGUUUGGAGAACUUGAACUUACGUGGGAAUAUCGUUUGCCAUUUAGCAGGAUACAGAGAACUUGUUAUUUCGUUGUGUCCUGGACUAAAGGUACUCGAUGGGGAAAGAAUUACAUUAUCCGAGCGUAAAUGUGUUACAUCGGUAACACCCAGUGGCAGGCAACCAGCUGGACUUGUUUCCAAGGUGCUUCGAUCAGAUGAAAAAGAGAUUCAACUAAUGGAUCAUGUGUUCAAUAAGUUGGAUGCGUCUACCAAAGAGAAGGUCAAACAGCUACUUUCUCAGGCGACCACCUUAGCAGAAGUUGAAAGUCUCGAAAAGUUAUUAUCAGGUGGUGUAUAA